GAUAGUAUGAUGUAGUAGAAACACGCGCUAUAGCUAAAUAUACAUCCCCGUUUUGACAGUUCUCCACAUCAUCGUUCUUUCCCGUUCUCUCUCCCGGAGGUAUGACCACCUUGAUCCUUGGCGUCGGUGUGGGCUUAUUCAUCAUCCUCAGUCUGUGGGUGCUGGCCGCACUGAUAUUCGUGAUAUCGCUGCGCGUCGAGAGGAAGGUCGGCGCGAUCGCGAUACUGCUCGUGAGCGCGCUCACGAUUAUCUUGAUCAGUGUGCCGCGCGCAUCGGAGAAGCCUGCUCCCGCGAGCAGUAAGGUGUACGAUCGACUUUUUGUCUGGCGUGUAAUACUUCUGAUCCUGUUAUUUGUCUCGUCCAUAAUUUCCCUUGUGGGAUAUAUCAAAUUUGGGGUGGUGGAAGCUGUCAGACCAGUCAGGAUAACCAGCUGGGUUCUCUAAGUGCAGCUUCUUCGGUACUCUUCCUUGCCGACAAGUAUGAAGAUGUUCAAUAUAUGCAAGACUUAAUUUAUAGAUGUAAAGCUCAUCUCUUCGCAUAUACG